AUGUUUUUUUGUUAUGUUUUGGUUUUGUCUUUUGUCUUUGUCGUUUUGAUUUUGUUUGAUAUGAUUUGAUUUGAAUCACUUGUUUGGAAGCUUGUUUGUGUUAAGGUUUAUUUUAAUGUUCAAAAUUAUUUGUUGAAACGCUUAAAAACUAAUUGUGUUUUAAGAUAAUUGAACAAUGUCAUUUGAUGUUGAAAAAUUCCUAGAAGCCCAAAGGAUUGAGCUACUCAAAGAAAAAGAAAAUUUAUGUCUUCUGGAAAAUAUAAAGGAUGAAGAAAAUGCAAAUAAAGAAAACAUCAGUGAAAUCAAGCAAAACGCUGCUCAAGAGGUAAAAAAUUACCAAUUCUACCGAAAACGCAAAAAAGAUGUGGAUAAGUUUAAUGAUUGCUUAGGAAAAUCACCCCUCAUCGUCAAGGAUAAGGAUUUCAAGAACGCUGUGCCUUCCGUGGUAGAGCCUCUGGAUCUCAAUAGCUGCUAUGAUAUCGUUUUAGAAGACAAGAAACCAGGAUUUAUAGGAAAAUACAACUCAUUUUUGUCCAAUAGUUGGUCGUCGGAUGAAUCAACGGGGAUCGGUGUGUUGGGGCGCGGGGCCACCUACGGGUCUCUGUUGCCAACGUUGCGUCGUGGCGAGUACGCGCCUCCGCAUUUGCGUCGCCCCUCACGUCUGAGGGCGGCGCCCCACUCAGGCCUGGGGGAGUAUGACGCCAAUACGGACCGAGGGGGAGGCUUCCUGACAACGAGCAGGAAGCAACUACUUGGGGAUAAUUCGGACAAUUUGGCCAAUAAGAUUCCUAGUAGUAGUAGUAGCAGGAGUACCAACACAGAACAAAUUACGAUUUUUGACAGUAAAUCCGUACAAACCGAUAUUCAGAAUAUUGAUAUUGAAUUGUUUGUGAAGAAUGAUCGUGACGUCACAUCGGGUGUGAUUCCUCCACGUACCGCAACUGACGCGUUGGUGGACGCCGCGCUGCGCAGACGUUCCGGCUCAGUCUAUGUUGACCAGCGACUGACCAGCGCGCAGAAUGAUAUUCUAUUGAGAGCGACCUGUAGUGGCAAAAUGGAUAAACCAAAAAGUAUUUUGUCUAAUCGCAGAACAGGAAGCGGGGGCAGAUACAACACGUCCUUGGAUUUUUCAGCUACGUCAUCGUUUUUGGAUGGUUUUAACUAUACCGAACGCAAUGACGAUCUUGAACGAGAAAGAAUAAAACGUGAAACUUAUCAGCAAGAGUUGCGGUUACAAAUUGAAGAGAAGCGCCACCUAGCAGCGUUGAGAGACGAGCAAGAAAGACGCGAGCGGGAUCUAGAACAACGACGACUUGAGCAGCAAUUGUUGCGGAUGCGCGAAGAAGAAGUCGAAGAGGACCAACGCCGUCAAAGACGAACAGAACUGAUGCGUCGUCACAGCGACGAUCUUCUCCGACGAAAAACGGAACUCCACGAGCUGCAGAGGCCAUGGCGUCGUCACGCCGACUCUGAAAGUGGUAACUUGGAUACUUAUGGUUUAGGGACUCCCUCUUAUGUACCGCCAGUAACUAGACGGGCUCCUGCCAGCCCCUAUUCUUCGUCUUCUUACAAUACUGUGCCAUCAGCCACGUCUGUGUUCCCCCCUCCAGAAACUAGUAGCAGUAGUAGAUACCACCCCAGUAGCCGUUAUUACGAGUCACCAUCGACAACAUCAUAUCCUGGAAGUAGUAUUCUGCGCAAAUCCUACGACACGGUGCCCCUGCCCCGUGGUCAUAUCAGAAAAUUUGACCGUUUCGACUCGCUGAGUCGCAUAGAUUCUUUGAGUCACAGAUUGGAAACCAUGAGCGUUAAAGGGGAUGACCUAAGCGACAGAAGACAAAGCGCCACGCAGCAGGAUUUAAGUUUAUCGCGCAGUCCCCGACUGCGCCGUCGGAACUCCUCGUCUCGAUUCGAGGACUAUUCACCACUACCUGUUCCGGUGCUGAAAGCGCGCUCUCCCGUGGCAAAGGAGUUGCGCAACGCUGUUCCAUUCAGCUCAGACGCGCACAGAAGAUGGCAACAAGUCGAGUCGCCUCGUAGCAGUAGCAUUUUAACGCAGCUAAGCUCCAUUAGGGCGCAGCUGCAAAGGGAACAGCUGCGCAUGGACGAGAGUCUGCGCAGAGACGGCUUGAUGCGCACAAGGACAACGGAGGAUUACUGACCCCACGGGAAAUUUAGGAUGCUUUCGUCAAUGUUACAUCGACUUGUCGUCUUCGCCCUACCACAACUACCAAAGCAACCAACCAAUAAUAAUAAUACGAAAAAUAGUUGUUUUCUAUUCAAUGACGUCAUUAUUGUUAGAGUUUGUCUUUAUAUUUAUAAAUUAAUAAUUGAAAUUUACGAAAAAAUAGAUAAUAGAUAACGUUACAAGUUGAA